UUUGGGGGGUGGGAGGUGGAGCCCUUGCGCGGUGCGCGCAGAAUCCGCGGCGUGUUGCGCUGCGGUGCGCUGGGGGCCAUGCGGGAUUACGAUGCGGUCACGGCUUUCCUGGGCGAGUGGGGACGGUUCCAGCGUUUGGUUUUCUUCCUCCUCAGCGCCAGCAUCAUUCCCAAUGGCUUCAACGGGAUGUCCGCCGUCUUCCUGGCCGGGACCCCCGAGCACCGCUGCGCAGUGCCCCGCGGAGCCAACCUGAGCGGCGAGUGGCGGAACGCCAGCAUCCCGCUGGAGCUGCGGGCCGGCCGGCCGGUACCGAGCCGCUGCCGCCGGUAUCGCUUGGCCCACCUCGCCAAUUUGUCGGCCUUGGGGUUGCGGCCGGGUUGGGACGUGGAGCUGGGCUCGCUGGAGCAGGAGCCGUGUCUGGAUGGCUGGGAGUACAGCCGGGAUGUCUACAGCUCCACCAUCAUCACCGAGUGGAACCUGGUGUGUGAGGAUGACUGGAAAGCCCCACUGACCACCUCCCUCUUCUAUGUGGGGGUCCUGAUCGGGUCCUUCAUCUCGGGGCAGCUCUCAGACAGGUUUGGCAGGAAGAACAUCCUUUUCCUGACGAUGGCCGUGCAGACAGGCUUCAGCUUCCUGCAGAUCUUCUCCACCAGCUGGGAGAUGUUCACUGUGCUCUUCCUCAUCGUGGGCAUGGGACAGAUCUCCAACUACGUGGUGGCCUUCAUCCUGGGCACAGAAAUUCUGGGCAAAUCAGUUCGUAUUCUGUUCUCUACGUUAGGAAUUUGCAUAUUUUUUGCAAUUGGCUACAUGUUGCUGCCCCUGUUUGCUUACUUCAUCAGAGACUGGCGGAUGCUGCUGCUGGCGCUGACGGUCCCGGGGUUGUUCUGCAUCCCACUCUGGUGGAUCAUUCCUGAGUCCCCUCGGUGGCUGAUCUCCCAGGGAAGAUACAAGGAGGCAGAAAUUAUUAUCCGAAAAGCUGCCAAGAUCAAUGGUGUUGCAGCCCCAGCUGUGCUGUUUGACACCACAGAGAUGCAGGAUGGGAAGGCUCAGCAGCAGCAGAAGGCUAUCCUUCUGGACCUAUUUCGAACCCGAAACAUUGCAACUAUUACUAUUAUGUCAUUACUUUUGUGGUUCUUCACCUCCGUGGGUUAUUUUGGGCUGUCCCUCAGCACUCCCAACUGGCAUGGAGAUGCCUACAUCAACUGUUUCCUCUCGGCUGUCAUUGAAGUCCCAGCCUAUGUCAUUGCCUGGCUCCUCCUCCGCUCCUUCCCUCGCCGCUACUCUUUAUCUGGGAUCCUGUUCUUGGGAGGAGGUGUUGUCCUCUUCAUCCAGCUGGUGCCUGCAGACCUUAACGUCCUGUCUGUUGGGCUGGUGAUGCUUGGCAAAUUUGGCAUCACAGCUGCUUUUUCCAUGCUUUAUGUCUACAACGUGGAGCUGUACCCCACGCUGGUGAGGAACAUGGCAGUGGGUGCCACCUCCACAGCCUCCAGGCUGGGCAGCAUCAUUGCUCCUUACUUUGUUUAUCUGGGGGCUUAUGACAGAUUCCUGCCCUACAUCCUGAUGGGAAGCCUGACCCUGCUGAUUGGGAUCCUCACCCUCUUCCUCCCAGAGAGCUUUGGCAACACCCUGCCCGAGAGCUUUGAGCAGAUGCUGAAGGUGAAAUGUUUCAGAAAUGGGCAAGAAACCACUGGCAUGAGGAACCCAAAGGAGAGCCCUAAAAUUCUGGUCACCCCUUUGUGAAGAAGGCUCUCAGAGAAGCUGCAAGAAGAACAAGAUUUUCUCCAAAUGCCUGAGGAAAACCCCCAAAACCCAACAGAUGAUGCUGUUACCAUCCCCCCUGUGCUACUCUACCCCAAAACAUAGAUGCUGUCUGCUCCUGGAGGACUCUUAGUCCUACAAAUUCCUCUUUUUUUUGGUGUCCUGCUACCUGGGGUUUGUCAGCAGGUGGAGUCCCUGGUGAGAAAACCUGCCUGUGCUAAAUAAACACCAUGGGAUUGAGGACUGAGCUAGAAAUCAGCCUUAGGAAUAAUUCUCAGUCAGCAAAAAGGUGGCAAAUGUCAUGCUGGGGGGUUGGAAGGGGAUGGAGGGGAAAAAUCUCACCCCUAGGAGAUCUCAGCUUUCUUUGACAUCCUGGCCAAAGCCCAGGAGAACUUUGAGGGGUCAGAAUGUAGCAAAGCAGACACAGACUUGGCUGCAAGGACAGGGGUUUGGGUUUGGUUUUUUUUAAGGCAUCAGAACAUCUGAUGUUUGCUUUCCCCAGGACCUGAGCUCCCCUCCUGAUCCACCUGGUCCUGGAAAAACUCAUUUUUUUUCCAUGUAUUCCGAGCCUGCUGAACUCUUUGGGCUGUGUGAACAUCCUGUGUCUUGGGUUGAGCCUUUACCACUGGAAGGGCUGCAGCUUUCUGACCUUGUUGGGCUGUGGCUGCUUUCA